GUAAAUUACCGGUAAAAAACGCGUCAAUGACCAAGCCUGUUUUACCAUACCGGUCAGAAAAAUGCUGAUCUCUGAUUGGUUAAUACAUGUCCAAUCACAGUUUAGAAUUCCCAACGGCAUACAACUGUUUAUUUGUUCUAUCAGAUAAGGAUUUUCAUUGAGAACUUGGUGCAAUGGGGGAGAACAAAUCAAUAUAUAAACAUUUCUCUGCAUUACCUCUGCAACCUAACCAAAAAUUAAAAUCGUAUUCAUGUAACUAUUGCAAGAAAAAGUAUGCAGAAAACAUUACUCGUAUGCGAAAACAUCUUUAUAAAGAGUGUAGAAGUUGUCCUCAAGACUUACGGAAACUACAAUCGAUAGUUUUUGUGAUAAAAUGUCAAAAAAAGAUGAAGAUUCUCUACAAGAACUACUUGCAGAAGCGAUUUAUGCAUCUGGUACACCAUUAUGUAUAACAGAAAAUCCAUAUUGGCUAAAAUUUUUUAACGCAUUACGGCCUUCAUUUAAUUUGCCAUCAAGAUAUCAAAUAUCAAAUAAUCUUUUAGAUUCAGUAUUCGUUAGAACACAAAAUAUGGUUAAUGAAAAAAUUGAAUCUGCUACUACUGUUGGAGUGCAAUGUGACGCAUGGUCUAAUAUUCGCAAAGAAGGAAUCAUCAAUUUUAUUGUAACAACCCCAGCGCCAGUUUUUUUCAAAACAUUUCCAACUGGAACCGAAUCACAAACUGCCUUAUAUAUUUCUGAAAAAAUAGGAAGUGUUAUUGAUGCUUUGGGAAUUAAAAAAGUUAUCGGAAUUUGUACAGAUAAUUGUGCUGCAAUGAAAAGUGCUUGGACUUUGAUAGAUCAAAAGUAUAAUGUCGACAAAUUGUAUUGUUAUGGUUGUGCUGCUCACAUUCUUAACCUACUCAUGAAAGAUAUUGGUAGUCAAGCAACUGUUGAAACUUUGGUGACAAGUGCAACAGCUAUUGUAAAAGGAAUAAAAGAAGUACAAAUAAUGUCAGCGAUUUUCAAAGAAAUUCAAUCUCAAGAUGAACGUAGAGUAUUUAUUACCUUAAAAUUACCAGCUAAGACAAGAUUUGGAUCUACUAUAAUUAUGAUUGACAGUCUUUGUGUUAAUAAGCAUAAUCUUCAGGCUUUAGCAAUUUCUUCAAAGGCUAUUACAUUAUGGAAACCUGCUUCUCGUGCUCUUGUACUAAAUGAAGAAUUUUGGAAUAAUCUUCAACAAAUUCUUCAAUUGAUGAAACCGAUUGUAAAGUGGAUAAAUAUUUUAGAGGGUGAUAACUCUUUAAUAAAUAAAGUACCUGAAUGUUUUUAUGAUUUAUAUAAUCAUUUUAAUAAUGCAUUUAAUAAUAUUGGAAAUAUUUUUUCGGAAGAAGAAAAGCUGAGCAUAUAUACUUGUUUAGAAAAUCGUAAAACUAUGGCUCUACGGCCCAUACAUUAUGCAGCUAACUUACUUGAUCCUCAAUUAAAAGGAAAAAAUUUAAAUAGGUCAGAAAUGGUUGAAGCUCAUCAAUUAAUUAUAAAUCUUGGUGAUAAAUUAAAUCUAAAUAGUGAUAAGGUAUUAAAAGAUUUAACAGAUUAUGUGUCAGAAUCAAGUAUGUGGAGUUACGACUACGUUAAGCGAGCAAGUAUAAUCACUUCAGCAUGUCAAUGGUGGCAAAGUAUUUGCCAAAAAUCUUCGUUGAGCAAAAUAGCUGUGGCUAUAUUGACUUUACCUGCAACAUCAGCUGCAACCGAGCGUUCCUUUAGUACACAAGGAUGGAUUCAUUCAUCUAAAAGAAAUAAGUUGAGUAUCGAUAGAGCUGGAAAAAUAACAUACAUUGCAAGAAAUUUAAAAUUACUUAAUCCUUCACCAAAAAAUACAGAAGAAGAAUGGGAAUAA